AUGAAUAUGUUUCGUAAGGAGAGACCCCCAGUGGUCCCUCCAAGGCCUUCUCAAGAGAGGUCAGGGAUGAUGGGUAUGAUGCAGAAGGUCAAUCCGUUUAAAUCUUCUUCACAGAGCUCUGCAGUGCCAGGCAAAACUGUCGUUACAGAGGGGAACACAGCUGAAGGAGGCUCUAACACUACACAGAUCAGGAGAGAGGAGGACCAGCUGGACCUUACAGAAGACCAGACCACAGAGAAGAAUCCAGGUAUGUUCAAAGGAGUGAUCCAGAAAGUCAACCCGUUCAAGUCAUCUCCACAGGCCAGGAAAGAGGAGGACCUGCUGGACCUUGCAGAAGACCAGACUAUGGAGAAGCGUUUGUUAACAGGGAGUAACUCUUCCCUCACUGAACACAGGGAGGAGGGGAACGAGACUGAUGAUAAACAGAAUCCCGGAAUGUUCAGGGGAAUGAUUCAGAAGGUCAAUCCUUUCAGGUCGUCUGCACAGGGCAGGAACGAGGGAGAGAGUCUUCCAGACUGCGCAGAGCCCUCAGCGGUCAGAGCGUCUGAAAACAAGCAGAACCCUGGCGUGCUAAAAGGGAUGAUACAGAAAGUCAACCCGUUUAAAUCCACGGCACAGGAUACUCAGUCAUUGCAGAGUGAUCACUCUGGUAGUUCUGGAAGUCUGGUGGAGAACAACAAUGUUGUAAAGAAGGGCAUAACAGAGAUGCAACCUGGUGGUCAGGAGGGAUCUGAACUGUCACCUGGAAAGAAGAAAAAAAAUACUUUUAGAAUCAAAAAGAUCCUCCCUGGCCCUUUCUUUGGCUCUGGGUCAAAGGAAUCUUAUGAACAGGGAAUGACCUCAUCAAAUCAGGACACGGAAGCCCAGCAGGCCAGCACACAAGAGGAGGUAGUUGAGAUUCACACAGUGGAGAUGGCUGAAGUCCCUGUGCUGGAGGAGGGGAAUCCCCUGGACAGUGAGGAUGACGAGGAUGGUCUGCUGGCAUGGUGGAGAACAGUGGAGGGUUGGGAUGAGUGGAAUGAAUCAACAAACUAUGAUGAAGACCAGGCAGAACAGGCAGUAGAGGAGGCUGCUGACCGCGUCUUCAUGGCGGCCCGUCUGUUUGUGCAUCUGUUUAAUCAGCGAGGAGCGUCCUUGCAGCAGCGGAUCCUGGAGCUCCUGGCGUUGGCCGACGCGGCCGACAACUUCCACAAGAAAACGGUGACGGCGAGCGUCGGCGGAGGGGUCGCGAGUGUGGCCGGAAGCGUGACCACCAUCACCGGCCUGGUGCUGGCUCCUUUCACGUUCGGAACUUCGCUCAUAGUCACGGCGGUCGGGAUAGGCGUGGCCACGGCUGGGGGCGUGGCCUCUGCCUCGGCCAACAUCACCGAUACGGUCCAUUCCAACACCGACCGCAAGAAAGUGGAGAAAAUGAUUCAGGACUACCAGGAGGAGGCUAAGGAUAUUAAAGAGUGUCUGGAGUUUUUGCAGGCCGGCAUGGAGACUCUGGAAGAAUGGAAUUUCGAGAAGUACGCCGAGAGCAUAUCGAAGAAAGCUAUGAACCAGAACGUGAAGCACGUGAUGAAGGAAGGAGGCCGAGCUGGCAAAGCCCUCCUCAUUAACACAGAGAGUCUUAUCAGCACCGUCCAGGUCCUCAGCGUGGCAGGAGGUGCAGCCAAGGCUGCCCAGGUCAUGAGCGUGACCACUGGGGUCAUGUCCGGGCUGUUCCUGGCCCUGGACGUCUUCUUUCUGGCCAAGGACUCUUUGGAACUGCGCAAAGGCGCCAAGACGGACUUCGCUGCCAAGAUCCGAGAGGUUUGCAAAGAGCUUCAGGAUGGUCUCCUGGAGCUGAACCGCAUCAAAGAGGAGCUACAGAAGACCAUGGAUGGCAUUGAAGUGGAAAUAGAUGAGGAGGAGGAGGAGGAGGAGGAAGAUGAAGAUGAAGAGGAUGAUGAAGAAGAGGAAGAAUAUGAAUCAGACCCAAAGAAACUCGCACAACUAGAGGAGUGA